AUGCCUGCCCAAAUUAAUAGCAGGCAUCUGAACCGGAAAGAUCAUGGAACCAAAGUUGCUCUCUUCGAUUUUCAUAUCAAAGCUCUUCCUGACAUCAGCAAGCACCAGGUUAGUCUUUUAUGCCUAUCAAUUUUGCUUUUAUCCAGGGCUUCAAUUAUACUGUUUUUUGGUGUGUGUGUUUUAUAAAAAAGAGUAGAUUUUGUCUCAAGAAGGGCCAUGGCUAUACCAGGUCCCUUUACCAUAGCCAUGAAAACGUCCAAUGGUAUCUGUGAUGGCUAUUUGUGGGUGUAGUGGUGAGUUGCAGUCUAGCCUAGAGGUUACUAUGGCAACCCAUGUUGUAGGCCUCUUCUUCUGGGUAGGGGGGGAUCCUUCUAGCUACAAGAAAAUUGGACCCUUUGACCUACCUGGUCUGCAGUUGCUGCAAGAAGCAAAUAAAGGUGGCUUUGAAAAACAAUAACAUUGGGGCGGUGGUGGGGAGAGUCUAUAUGCAGGAUGCUUCUCACAAUGAGGACCAACAUCACAAAGAUGUUUCUGGGAACAGCCUUCUUGCUGCCAUUUUGUGUCUCGCUCAUCAUCACAUCUUUGUAAUCUGGUGGAGAUUGUUCCCAAGGUGAUACUGCUCACGGGUGUGAGACUCUGGUCCUAAAUUGAUUUAAGAAGGUUUAUAUACCACUUUUUAGACUUACCCUGGGACUGAGUUCCAUGAAUGGAGGGCCACUGCAGAAAAGGCCCUGUUCCUUGUGCCUGCCAGCUGAAUAGCUUUACCGGUGGGCAUCUGAACAGGGUCACUGACGCAGAUAUUAGGGAACAUGUAGGCUGGUAUCAGAGCUGGUCUAUUAGAAUGAAGUGAUAGCCUUAAGUGUCAGAUGUUGGGGGGCAGAGAUGCAGUCUCUUGGUUGAGCCCCUAACCAUUCCACUCUGUUGGAGGAUAGAUAUAGCAUAUCCUGUGUUCCCCGAACUAGUCUGCUGCUCCCAGGUGUGCUGUCCUGCUUCUAGUACGUAAGAUUCAUCUGUCAGUUUAUUUGGCUUCUGUAUGUGGAAUGUCACUUUUUGCCCUUUGCUUCAGGUAGCAAAAUGUCUUGGGCUGGCCUUGACAGAUAUCAUCAGGCAAUCCCUAGGGCAAUCUGGUCCCAACCCAUUUAGAGCCUUAAAGGCUUUUGCUUUGAAUCAAGCCUGGAAUUGUACUGGCAAUCAUUGGAACUGGUGAAGUCUCAGCUUGAUAGGAUCUGAUUGCUUGGCUCCAGCCCAAAGAUGGUGAGAUGCCUUCUGCACCAGCUGUGGUUUCCAAGCUGACUUGAAAGACAGCUCACACAAUGGCCUCUGUGUGGAGCUAGUAGCAGGUGUUCUGACUCUACAGCAAGAACAGAGAGGAAGCCUCAGGUCUAGAGGCCAAAUGCAACCUCUGUGUCUCUCCACCUGGCCAUACCCCAUCCACACACUUCAGUGACCCUGCUUUGUACCCUUCUUGGGAAUUUUUGCUUGGCUAGAAUGUUUCCCUGAACUCCAAUAAUGCCUCCUACUUGUCUGGAUAGAGGAGAGAGAGGAGUUUAUAGGGACUAGCCAACUGUACGGAGGAAAAAUUCACAUUUGUUGCUCUGCCCACCACUCUUAUGUGACCCCUUGGAAGGUUGCUCAGAAGGGAAUGCAUCCCUUGGGCUGGAAGAGGUUCCCCACCUUUUCUCAUCAGCUUUUGCCAUGUUGCAGCAUAGUAUUCAAAGAAGCAGGAGAGAGUAAGGUCCUUGAAGGAUGUUUCCUUCCAAUACAUAUGGCUGGUUAAGCAUGAUCACGCUAAUGAGAUCCAAUGGGUUUUAUGGAUUUGAAAGGCAAAUAUAGACAAAAGAAUGAACAGAAAUCCAGAUUCUGUGUGCGUAUGUAUGUAUGUAUAUAUAUAUGGAAGUUUUGCAAGGGUAGUAUUUGAUGGACUGUGGCUUACGUUAUUGACAAAAAGCCAAGAGUCAACAGAUAAUAAAAUGGAACACAGGGAUAUGCACAUAUCGUUUGGCUGUCAAGUGAAUUCCAUCCUACGGUAGCAGCUCAUGCUGUUACAAACCAUUUUUGGUCUGUAUUUCAGUUACAAACAGUCUUCGAGAUGGACAAUUGGCUCUUAAAAGUGAACAGUUCUGAAUUGCCUCAAAUAAGCUUCCUAUAACAAGCCACUGGUUCUGAUGGAACAAAUUUAAAAUGCCUGUCUCCUUAUCUUCUGUCGACAUCAUUUUUCAGAAGGGGCAACCAGCUCAAAUUAAAUAGUUUCUGUGCAGACAGUCUGUCUGUCUUAUUGGGCUAAGAAUGUUGCUCAGUUUGAAGAACUAUACUUCAAAAAUGAAGAUGAAUUAGAAGUUCAGCAGAAAUUAGAAGAAGUAUAAUGAGAAUGCAUUUAAAAAUAAGCAAAGACUUAUCUUUCUGCCAUGUAGAAGUCCAAACUGGUGUAGCUUAACAGUUUCCAGAGGAAUCUUAUUUUUAUUUAGGUAUCAUUUAUAAUCUGGGAUGAAUUAUUUAGCAAAAAAGAAGUGUGUGUGUGUGUGUGUGUGUGUGUGUAUAUAUAUAUAUGAGAUUUAGGUUAAUUUGAAUCUGUGUAGCCUGUGACUAUAUUGUACCAAUAAAUCUAUAUUAACUUCCAAAAUUACUUUUUGAAAUAGCUCACAUGCUUUUGCUAUAAUCCGGAGAUUCUAAGCUUAAUUAUUUAAAAUAAAUUAAUCAAAGGACACAAUUCAGCCAGAAUUAAGCACAUCUUAUUUCUGAAUCACUACAUAGGAAUAAAUAGAACUUGAAUGUACUUAAAUUUUGGCUAGAUCUUGUCCAAUGUUUCUAGUUCUCAACAUUCAAAAAGAAAAAAAGAGAAAAAUAUUUAUUUCUCUUUUAGAAUAAGCACAACAUAUCCAACAAUUUGAUAUCUGUCAUAUUAAUGAGCAUUGUACUGUAUAUGGGUCUAAUUUGUGACAGGCAUGCAUAUGAUGAAUAGUGAGGCAGAAAUAUAUUUAAUAAAUAUUUCAAUAAAUAUGUCAGCAAUGAUGCUUUUUAUCCCUUUACUGAUCAUUUAAACAGUCCCCAAAUAACAAACAAAGUAUUCUUGAAAUUAUGCAGGAAACUGUGACCUUGGGACAUUAUUUCUUUCCACUAUACUCUCAUCACCUCUGAAUUGGUUCUUAGAAUUUCACAGCAUCCCUGAUGGUUUGCUAGCAGCUUUAAAUCAAAACAAAGAUAACUUUCCAUCCUGUUGUAAAAAUGCCACGAGAAGAUUAAGGUUGCUUAGGAUAUAGUUUUCCUUUCUUUUAUGUGUUUUGAUCUUGUAGGAAAUGGGAGGAAAAACACCUCCUUCAUUUGAAAUCUUUUUCUGGAAGCCAACUUUUUAAAAACAAACAAACAAACCCAGAAAUAGAGCUCCUUUUUCAAGGAGCUCAAAAUGAUGCAUAUUGGGGCUUUCCUAUCAAGCUGAAAAAUACUGACCGAACCAAACCUCCAUUUAGUUACUUAAAAGACAAUAGAAAAAUGGUUCAUGCAUGCAGCCUGGACCUCUGAGCCAGAUAUGUAGACCCAUUGAUGUGCUUCCAUUGUGCCAGAGUCUUCAACACUGAGAUGGGGGUGUGUGUAAUAUUUAGUAGUCAUAGCUGUUACUUUAGGCUGGGGAUGGGGGCAGUUUAUGUGCUAAACAUGUGCAGGAUGUCAUCUUCUCAGCCCUGGCCUUGUGGGUUUUUCUUGAUCAGUCCUGAUGCUCGACUGGGCUUUACAUGGGAGGGGAUGAGAAUGAAAUUGCUGGCUCCUGUACAUGCAAUCACUCCUUGUCUUCUAAUAAAAGAUAAAAGCUCAGGUGGAUCAAGAACACUUCAGUCACAGCCUGGAUGGGCUGCCAAGUGAGUAACAAAGAGUUGUUGAAUCACAGAACUUGUCAUUGGUUGCUUGGUACACUGUAACCUGCCGCACAGUGGUAUAACCUGCGGGUCCUUAGCACAAGUGCUGGGAUUUUGGGAGAUUUCAGCCCAGGAACUGGGGAAGCUGUGACCCUAAAGAUGUUGCUCCCAUCUGUCCCAUCUAGAGUGACCAGUGGUCAGGGAUGAUAGUAACUAGUCUAACAACAUUGAGACAGCCACGGUUUCCACAUUCUUGCUUUAGCCCUAUUGUUUUAGAAAUCAUGAACACACAAAAAAGUUUUCUUUUCUCUGGGUUGCCAUACUAAACCAACUAAUGUUAAGUAAGGAAGGUUUGAUCCUUGGGAUCUCUGACAUGCACAUCUGGCAGUAUCCCCAUUAGGAUGGGCAAUAGGCCAGGCUGGACUGGGGUGUUGUCCAGGGGUUUUCGUUGGGUUUAUUUGUUGCUAUUAUUGAUAUUUGGUGUUGGAGGAGACUCUUGAGAGUCCCAUGGACUGCAAGAAGAUCAAAUCUAUCCAUUCUUAAGGAAAUCAGCCCUGAGUGCUCACAGGAAGGACAGUUCCUGAAGCUGAAACUCCAAUACUUUGGCCACCUCAUGAGAAGAGAAGACUCCCUGGAAAAGACCCUGGUGUUGGGAAAGAUGGAGGGCACAAGGAGAAGGGGACGACAGAGGACCAGAUGGUUGGACAGUGUUCUCGAAGCUACCAGCAUGAGUUUGACCAAACUGCGGGAGGCAGUGGAAGACAGAAGUGCCUGGCAUGCUCUGGUCCAUGGGGUCACAAAGAGUCGGACAUGACUAAGUGACUAAACAACAUUAUUGAUAUUAAAUUUUUGUAUCUUUAUUUUUAGAUUUUACUAUGAUUGACGUUUAUGAUGUGGAAAUUGUUCAGCUUUGUUGUGUACUUUUUGACUACAUAAUUAUGUUCGUGAUUAUGUAAAUAUUCUCAUGUUGCAAGCUGCCUGGAGCAUGGUUUUAAUUACAGAAAGGCAGCAUACAAAUAAAAUGGUGAUGGUGAUGUUAGAAAUGUGAGACCUUGUGUUCUAGAAGUGGCCGAGCACAAACUGACCAAGGUGCUGUGAGCUCCUGUAUAUGCACACAAUCAAGUACCGGUAUAUGCACACAAUCAAGUAUUUGUGACAAUGCUGCCAGUGCUGGUAGACAGUUGCUAAAACUUGCUAGGUUAUCAUAACUAAUCGUGUUCCAGUGGUCCUGCUAAACUGAAUAGUGAAUUUUCUGCUAGCCAAAUCAUUGCUACCACUGGAUUUGCACACUCUGAAAAUGCCAUAUUAUACACGAUAGCUAGUUUCUACAUGGACUAGUUAGUCAUAACCAUGUGGAUUUCUUAACUCUCAUGGAUCAACAUAGAAGCUAUUAUUCCUUAAAUUAAGAUAAUGCCUUGAAAUAUUUUAUCAGAAUUUGCAAGUUCUCACGGUGUCAAUCCCCUCCCUAUCCCUGCCAAAUCUCCCUGUUUCACAAAAAUGGACUCUGGGUUUUAUAUUUGUGUUGAGGUUUCUUUGCCAUGUGUCAGCAAAACGGGCCUCAACAUUUGUCCCUAAAUUUCUGUGUCAUUUACUUUUGCUUGCUCAAGAUGCCUGAAGAUUGGGAUAGCUCUUCAGUAUGAUGCGAACUGUUCUAAAUGUAAUGUAGCUUUAUAGAUUAGUAUUAAAUUCUUUGGCAGGGUGAGCCCAAGCAAGUAGUAAGCUAAGAAAACAACAGAUCAAGCUCCAUCUCUCGGAAUUGUAAUACUAAAACCAACUAUGUGUUAAACUGCCUCUGAAAGAGUUUACAUGUAUUUCUGGGUUUUGUGAGCUUGCUGCCCAUUGCAAAAUCCUGCAGUCUAUUUUGGCAGAGACUUAAAAGCCCUAUUAACUGUAACAUGGAAAUAUAAUCAUAUUUAACAGGAAAAUCUUUAUGGAUAAUUUAAAGAAAAAGCAGCCUCCAAAGCAGACAAAGACUCUAACAUAUAACAGAAUGGAAUAUUUGUUAAAUGUCCCCCCCCCUUUUGAAAAUGCAUUUGUAACCAUUAUUUUGGUGUCAGGUUUUCAGAUGAAAGCUGUUUACCCUUUUGCAUCACUAGCUACACAGUGUGUAAUCCAAGGAGGGUGGCCUACUGAUCUUUUUAGUUGUGUUUAAUGCUGAAUCCACAUCAUGUCGGGAAAUAUCCAGAGGUUGCCUAGUAUCUUAGUCUAUGGCUGUGUGCAUACUUUUAAAGCGUACCCAAAGCACAUUUUUGCCCUCAAAGAAUUUGGGCACUCUAGUUCAUUCGCCACAGCGCUACAAUUCCUAGCAACCCUUUAGAAACUACAGUGACCAUAUUUUUUUGAAGGGAGAAAUCUGCUUUGAAUGUGCUUUAUAGAAGAGCAAGUGUGGACUAUAGGUUGAACUCUGACCUGGGAGACCAGGGUUUGAAUCCCUACUCAGCCAUGAAGCUCACUGGGAGACCUUGGGCCAGUCCCCAUCUCUUUGCCUAACCUACCUCAUAGGGUUGUUGCGAAGAUGAAAUGAGAAGGAGAGCCAUGUACACCACUUUGAGCUCCUUGGAAGAUGAAGGUGGUAUAUAAAUGUAAUAAAUAAAUAAAAUAUUGUAUAUCAUCAGGGACAUUUAUUUUAUUUUAUUUUUAUUUUACAUAUACAAAAGUAUAACAAUACAACCAUGCAAAUCAACAGUUACAAUAUUCCUCUGAAUUUCUGGACUUCCCACCUCCCCUCCCCGAUGGGUGCCAUUAUCACACCUUUCCUGCUGCAUUUUUUCAAUAGUCUAUGUUUUAUAUAACUCCAUUGUCUCCAUAGUUCUUGAUACAUUACAAGUGUUAUUGCAAUCCUGCUAUUCUUUUCAUUUGCUUACAAUGGUCUGCAAGAUAAAUUAUAAAUUUCCCCCAUUCUUUGUUGAAGUCUUCUUGGUUCCUGAGCUUUCCAGUCAGUUUUGCCAUUUCAGCAUAAUCCAGCAGUUUAACUUGCCAUUCCUCUCUGGUAGGGAGUUUGUCUUCUUUCUAGCUCUGGGCUAAUAGAAGAAGAAGAAGAGUUUGGAUUUGAUAUCCCGCCUUUCACUCCCUUUAAGGAGUCUCAAAGCGGCUAACAUUCUCCUUUUCCUUCCCCCCCCCACAACAAACACUCUGUGAGGUGAGUGGGGCUGAGAGACUUCAAAGAAGUGUGACUAGCCCAAGGUCACCCAGCAGCUGCAUGUGGAGGAGCGGAGAUGCGAACCCGGUUCCCCAGAUUACAAGACUACCGCUCUUAAUCACUACACCACACUGGCUCUCAAUAAUAGCAUCCUUGCGGCUGUAUGUCUAGAGUCCCCAGGUGAAGUACCUGUUAGAGUGCUUCUGGAAUGACUUGUUUGGAACCCCACACAUCAUGUGUCUGUCCCUUUCAGGAUCUGCUCCACUCUGGAUUCUGCUCAGGAAGGGCUUUGACUUAGGGCAUAAGUUGGCAGCCUUUUAGGGCUCGUGGACACAUAUGCCAACUGAAGAAACUAUCAGGGGCACCACACACAUGGGUGUAACCAGCGGGUGCAAGGGAUAGCUGUCAACUUUCAGAUUUGAAAAUAAGGGAUCAGCAGCCUUGAAAAUAAGGGAUCAGCAGCCUCACCUGUCCCGGGGAGCCUGGAAAAUAAGGGAUCAGUAGCCUCACUGUCCUGGGGACAGUUUAUGGGAUAUCUAACAAUCCGGGAUAGCAGCGGGAAACGGCGCUGGAAUAAGGGAAUUUCCCGCAAAAAAAGGGAAGGUUGACAGCUAUGGUGCAAGGGAGCGUCUGCCCCCCAAAUCAAAUAAAUGAAUUAAAAUACUUAACUGACCAAUUGUGUCACAGAUAACUCGGUUCUGCCCCCCCAAUAAAUCCUGGCAGCAACCAUGCACCCAUACACCCAAUUAAACCAAGCACCCAUCACAACCAAUUCUAUUGGGAACGGCAGAAUGACUCUUCCAAGCCUAAUUUCAGCAGGGGGAGGGGAUCCUAUGGGCAACUGUGGGGGCUAUGCUGGUGGCCUGUGAGUUGUGACUCAGUGUGCUGUGACUUGCUAGGGGCUGGUAGAUACAGCUCCCUUGCUCUAGUAUGAUCUUGCCUCAGCUGGCUUCAGGACUUGGUGGUUGGGCAGACAGUUUGAUGUGACCUCCCUCUGCUCUCUCAAGUUUCUUGGACAGUGAGGGCACCAGUGGGAUUUGUGGUUCUCCCUGGGUGUAUGAGGCAGUGAGUUAGGGAUGAGUGGAAGGAAGGAGAAGAAGGAUGAUGCUGGUGAGAUGAUGCAGAAAAGAGAUGGUGAGUCUCAUUCCUAGGAUGCUACCUGGCCAGUCAAUCCAGUGAGAGUGGCAUGAUUUUGGUGACAUGAGAUGGCAUGAGAAGGUGAGUAGGUCUAAAGAUCUGGGCCCUAUGGAAUGAAUCGCUGGAGGCUGCCACUGCUGCGGCUGUCAGUGUGGCCCUCUGGCUCCCCUGUUGCAAGGCUUGGCCUCUCUCUCUUGCUGCUUAACAAAAGUGUUUUUUCCCCUGAGUGGCUCUUGAAUCUUAGUCCCUGGAGGGCUGUGUAUGCUAUACAAGAAUGCUGUGUUCUGUGGGUUCUUCUUGCAUCUGUCUAUCUAUCUAUCUAUCUAUCUAUCUAUCUCCAAUACAUAUUGUGACAAUAAAGGGAUUGGCACCCCUGCAUUCCCUUCUUCACGCAGCACAUAGUUAAACUAUGGAACUCAUUUCCACAGGAGGCAGGGACAGCCAGAAACCUAGAUUAGGCAAAUACAUGGAGAGGGCUAUCAAAGGCUACCAGCUGUGGAGUUUUUGCUGUGCCUCAGCUGGCUUUAGCAAUGCUUCUGAAUGCCAGUUUCUGGAAACCAGAGGAAGGGAGAGUGCUCUUGUGCUUCAAUCUGGCUCCAGGUUUCUCACCGGCAUCUGACUGGCUGCUGUGGAAACAAGAUGCUGAAUUAGAUGGGCCAUUGGCCUGACCCAGCAGACUUUUCUUAUGUUGUUAUGUAGGGAUGUCUGGCCCUUGGCAGUACCAGGAUUGUUGCUGCCUGAACCACUGGAGCAGACGGACUGAAGAGGCUCUGGUGUUGUUUGGGCACAUUACAUGUGUAGCAACAUUAGGUGCCUGCUAGAGUUUGCAGCCUGUUUGGGCAGCAUGCUAUCAUUGGCACAUGGCCCGAUGGCUGAACUUUGGCUUUUUUUGCAGGGACACUGGGGGGGGGGGGGAUGCCUGCAUUUCUAUGCUGCCUUUAUAUUUUCUCAUUGUGUGUCCCUCUCCCCCCUGGACUGAGCAUGCAUUAGAUACGCCUGCUGUUCCUUCAGCAUAAUUGGUGUUUAUAGGAUUUCUUGGCCUGAACGGUAUAGAGAAAUCACACACUUUUGUCUUUUUCUUUUUUUAAAAAAAAUCUUGCUUUCACUUGAUACCUGAUGAAAUAUCAGGUUAAACACCGAUUGCCUAGCAAUCAUCUCAACAUAUUUACAAAUUAGCAUUUUUAGCAUAUUUGGAAUUUUGAUGACAAAAAGCAAGUGGUACUGAUGAAAGCAAGGGUUUGAAGGUGCCAUGCAGCAAUUAUGUUAAUUCCUUUCUUUUGGGUGCUCAGGAGGAUUCUCAGGCCUGGUAAUAGCGGCACUUUUUACCGUGCCGUCCUGGGGAAGCCGCUGAUAACAUUUUUCAAUCUCAAAAGGUGCUUGAUUUCUCCAUUUGUGUUCAGGUUUACCUUGGUUCUGCAGUUAGCAAAGCCCAACCCACCUGCCCUAUACAAUUUGUAGUUCUCAAACCUAUUUGAAAAAUAAUAAUAAUGUGAAUGGAGAUUUUACAUCAUUACAAUUUCCUUUCCAUUUAGGAAGCAUCUGCUGUCUCGAUAUCUUGAAGGUCUGAAGAGGCCACAGACCGCGAAGCAGAUGAAGCCAUUAUUAAAAUGA